AAAAAUUUGCGGAUUGAAAUUGUUUUUUGUUUUCAAACGACGACAACAAAAAAACAACAACAUUUGUAUUCAUUAAUUCGUGAAUAUCGAUUAUAUCGAUAUGACAAUCGAUAUCCAAAACAUUGUGUGAUUUCCUGCUGAUGUGAUUUGUUUGUUUUUUGUAAAUAAACACACACACACACACACACACAUACACAUACAGAAUCAAUUCAUCAUCCAUUCUUAUUGGAAUGACAAAACAAUUCUAAUUGAUUUUUAUGAUCAUUAAUCAAUGUCGGAAACGAAUUGAUCAAUCAAUCAAAAAUUCAUAUCAGUAUUGAAUUUCAAAAUUACCCAGAGAAAAAAAAUUUGAUCAACAACUGCCUUAAAAAUUAUCAAUCAAAAAAAAAACCAACUACUAUUGCGACGGAAAAAGCGUUCGAUCUUUCUAAUCCAAAAUUUCCAUUUGGUUCAUAUAAUCAUCAUCAUCAUUUUUUGGAUGGAACAAGGCCAAUAAUUAAUCAAUCAAAACGAUAAUCGAUGUCAAUCAAUUAUGUGGAAUUAUUAUUGAUUCAAUGGAUUUUUUUUGAAAAAAUAACCAUUGAAAAAAAGUGAAAAUCAACAACAACAAUUGAAAAAGUAAAGAGGAAUAAUAAUAAAUUAAGAAUUAUUAUUAUUGACAACAUUUGAUGUGGCAUUGAUUUUAUAAAGAUUUUGUCAUCAUCCUUAAUCAAUCGAUGAUGAUGAUGAUGAUGAUGAUGAUAAGGACGUUCGAAUGAUUCAAAUAGAAACAAAAAAAAGAGGGGUUAAAGCAGCAAAUUGAUAUGUCAACACAUAAUUCCAUUGAAUGAUUGAUUUGUAAAUUGAAAUGAUGAUUAUAAUGAAAUGAAUCAAAGGGCUGCAACACAAUGAUUGUGGUGUGGUACACUAAUCAAUCGAAUCAUCAUCAUCAUCAUCAAUGUUGUAUUUUUCUUCGAUUCGCAAUCGUUAUAUAAAUAAGUGGAUUGGUAAAAAAUUUUUUUGUUCUUCUAUCAUCGAUUGAUAAAUAUUGAUCCAUUUCUUGUGUAACCACCAACCAAAACAUUGUGAUUUAAAUAUUUUCUCCAUGUGAAAUGUAUGGUGAACCAUCUAAUCAGAUACAAUCUCGAUUCAAGAAAAAAAAAUCCAAAUCCAAAUUAUAACGGAUAUUACAACCAGUCCAAAGUUUAUGAUAAUUUUAAAAAGUUGAAAAAAAAUAUUAAUUUCAAUCAGUCAUCAUCAUCAUCAUCAUCAUCAUCAUUAUUUAUACAAUUAUCAUUUUGAAUCAAACUUACAUUUAUACAUCCUUGAUCGAUACACAACAAACAACAAACAACAACGACGACUAAUAUAUAUUUAAAUAAUAAUGGCUAAAACAUUAAGCUCAAAAUUGGUUGAAUCAUUUUUGAUUCGUACGAAUGAUCCGAAUCGUAAAUUAUGGUUACAUCGAUUCUUGGUAUUAUUGUUAACAUUCAUUGUAUAUACCAUAUAUCAUAUGUCAAGAAAACCAAUGUCCAUUGUUAAAUCACGUCUAUUCAAUGGUAAUAGUACUGAUCAUCAAAAUAAUUGGCCACCAUUCGAUGGUCCAAAUGCUAAUAGUUUUCUUUCAAUAUUGGAUGGUGCUUAUUGGGGAACAUAUGCAUUUGGAAUGUUUUUCACCGGUUAUAUAGCUGAAAGAAGUAAUCUACGUUAUUUUCUUUCAAUAUCAUUAUCCACAUGUGGUGUUCUUUGUAUUGUAUCCGGUUCGGCAUUCUACUUUCAAAUUCAUUCAUUAUGGUUUUUCAUUAUUACACAAGUAUUGACUGGUCUGGCUGAAUCAACUGGUUGGCCAGCUGUAUUGGCUAUUAUUGGUGGUUGGUUUGGAUCAACGAAAAAAGGUUUCAUAUUCGGUAUUUGGGCAUUACAUACUUCACUUGGAAAUAUGCUUGGUACAGCUAUUGCCGGUGUUUUUGUCGAUUUUGAUUGGGGUCUAUCGUUCAUCGUGCCUGGAUUGUUUUGUAUAGCUAUCGCUAUAGUGAUAUUCUUUUUAUUGGUUGAAAAACCAUCGGAUGUUGAUCUCGUUGUAAACAUGACACUGCCGGAAGAUGAUCGAACAAUGAAAUUAUCGGACGAAGAAUCAACAAAUACAGUAUCGACAAUUGAUAAUAUUAUACAUGAUAAUAAUACAAUAUCGUCAUCAACAAAAUCCAAUUCAUCAUCAUCAUCAUCGUUGAAUGCAAUCGGUAUUUGGGAUGCAUUAUUAAUACCGGGUGUUAUUGAAUUUUCUAUAUGCUUAUUUUUUACUAAAUCCGUAUCGUAUAUUUUUUUAACAUGGUUACCAAAAUUCAUCAGUACAACUAAUCAAAUUUCACCAUCUGAAUCGGCAUACAUAUCGAUCAUGUUUGAUAUUGGUGGUAGUGUUGGUUCAAUUAUGGCUGGUUUAAUGUCUGAUAUAAUCAAUGCUGGUGGUAUUACCUGUAUAAUAUUCCUUAUGAUGGCCAUUCCAUCGCUAUUUUUACUUGCACAUUUUUCAUCAAUCAAUUUAGCCAUCAAUCUAUUGUUACAAUUUAUGGCCGGAUUUUUUAUCAAUGGUCCAUAUUCAUUGAUUAUAACAUCAGUAUCGGCAAAUCUAGCUUGUAAAGUACCAUCAAAAGCAGCAACAGCUACAGUAUCGGCUAUAAUUGAUGGUACUGGAUCGAUUGGUGCUGCAAUCGGUCCAGCAAUUACUGGACCAUUAUCCGAUCAUUUUACCUGGGAUUCAGUAUUCUAUGUUUGUAUGGUUGGUGAUUUUAUUGCUGCUUGUUGUCUCGUACGAGUGGCGUGGACAGAAUUUAAACGAAAACGUACAAAAUGGCAAACACGACGUAAUUCAUCCAUAUCAAAUGAUGAUUAUACAUCAUCAUCGAUUAAUAGUGAUGAAAAUCGAAUCGUUUCUUGAUUUUUCGAACAAUACAGAAAUUUUUUUUUUUAUUUUAAUCAAACCAUCAUCAUCAUCAUCAUUGUACAUAAUCAACGAUAAUUCACAUU